AUGGGCAGUGAGCUCCAUGAGAAUGUGAGAGCGUCAUUGGAAGAGCUCAAGAAUCAUGUGUCUCUUUAUGCUAUCGGGGGCGCCAAUGCUUCACUGAUGGGUCUGGACAAGAUCACUGGCUGUCGCGAAAAUGUGUUCUUCGUCCAGAAAUUCUCAGGGGAUGUGUCCAUCACAGAUGACCCCAGCCAGCAUGUCUUCACUGUGACCAUGCAGAACCUACAGACUCAGGACACAGGGGAGUAUGUGUGUGCUGUGGACAAUGGAAGAAACAAUGGAAGCAUCUCUGUCACUGACUGCUUCCCAGAUGUGUCGGUGAGGAGCAACAUGGUGUCUGGUAGGGAGGGGAACAGCACCACAGCCGAGUGUCUCUACAGUGACAUGGAUGACAGUGAGAAGAUGUGGUGUUGGAAUGGGAAACCUGCAGGGAACUGGAGCUCCCGCUUGACUGCAGAGGGAGAGCGGGCGUCUCAGGAUCGCAUGGAUAUGAUCAUCACUACAUGGAGACGCACCUUCACUGUGACGAUGAGACAUCUGGAGAUGAACGAUAACGACUGGUACUGGUGCAUAGCAGGAGACAAGCAGAUCCCGGUGUACAUCUCAGUCCUCAAUGCAUCUAACGCAUCAAUAUCUCCUCCAACCAUGAAUCUGAUUACUUUCCCUUUGGUCUUGACUCUGAGAGCAACGGAGGAUGAUAACUCAAGGUGGUGGUGAAACUAUUGCUUUUUUUUAUUCAUUAGUGUAGAUAUACUGUAAC